GUGCAGUCUGUCCCUUCACUUGAAGGUCUGCUAAUAAUACAAUGAUUGCCACUUUAGCUGUGGAUCUCCAGUGUUGUCAUUCAAGAAGCUGGAACUCCAAUACAGGCUGGCAUUAGCCAUUACUAUUGUUGUCUUAAUGCCUCCUUCAAUUAUCCACUAUCAGGCUUUUUGAGCAACUACUGUCAGAACCUCCCCCGCUGGUUUUUCACCAAUCUUGUCCCUGAUUAUCUGGAUCAAUGGGCAUUAAAGGACCCCGGCACAGACAAACAGAAGUAGUUUGAGGGUGGGAAAAGGGGUCUACUUUCAGACAAUCCAGAAAUCCCUGUAACUAUCUGUGUGCCAGGGACAAACGGAAUGGCUAUUCAGUCGUCACUCCCGCCACACACAGUGUUUAUUUAGCCACAGCUCAAACCAGACACUUCUAAUCUAUUUUCCUUUUCCCUGCAAACCCCAAAAAUUAUUUCUCUCAAUCUACAUCUGUCCUUUCCAAUCCCUACAUGCAUACGCUUCCACACGAGUAGAAAGUGGUGCUAAAACCUGUUAAUUGUUGAGUUGGCUCACUUAAAACAACAGAUCAUUCAUAUUGAUUAAUAGUGCAGUUAAAAGUGCUGUUUCCUUUGGUUGGGGUGAUUUGAUUGCUAAAAAGAUGCUAAAAUGCUUUGUUAGCUGACAUUUCAUUGUUGUUAGGUUUUUGUUAUGGAAUCAUAAUGUAGGGAAAACGAGCAAUUUUUAUCUGCAAUUCAAGACAAGACACUCCACUUCAUCUAAAUACUGCCUUUCAGGUACAACUCAGGCUGUAAAGACAUCCGAAUUGCUCAACCCCUAAUCCUGCCUCCUAAUUUAGUGUUUGAACAGGUGCAGAUGAAAGGGCCACACAGGUGAUGGAUUUGCAGUCCUCACAGCACGUAUAGGAAUGACCAUCCUGUGACUCACCUCAGCUCUGACCAGCUGCCUCUUGCAGAGAUCCCAGGCUGAUCAAAGCCACCUCAGCCCGCCAGCUCUGUGGUGACAACACUGACAGCUGAGUGUUUUCACCACCGUUUGAGCUGAUGAGCAGUUAGAAAGAUAUGUUGUUAGGUGAUGUGUAACUUUGGAUUAAUUGACACACCUGGGUUUAAUUCUCACAGACAGUGCUGGAGAUCAUCUCAUCAGAGAGCCAUCACCACUAAGCUACAGCUGUCUUGCUUUAAAAAAAAAAAAGUGUUAAUAAUCUUCGUGCCUUGGCUGUUAAUGUGUUGAUGUGUUAGCUUUGAUCUGAGAUGGAAGAAUCCCAUCAGGGCUUGACUACUGACUACAUACUUUACAGCUGUGGAAGCCAUAAACCUAUAUCUGUUUAGAUGUCAUGUGACUGGGAAGAGACGGGAAGAUGAUUGGUGGGGAAGGGAAGAAAGCUAAGGUGAGCCCACCUCCACCGCUCAAGUCUUACCUUUCCUCUUCAGGCAACACCUUGUACCUGGGCUGAGCACCUCAGCAGCAAACAGCAGCUCUGACAACCAAGUGGAUGCAUCUGCUGGACAAUCGGAGCUCUUUAAUUUUCUCUUCUAUUUUUACCCAGGACCUUGGAAUGCAUUUCUCCUUUCUACCAGCAAACCUCUAGAAAUCAACCAGACCCUUUUCAGUGGACUGACGUUAAAUAUUGGACUUGGACAUGUUUGGCGCAGGGCAGCUGGUAUCCUCUCUCCUUCCUGCAGUUUUCCAUUCACCUGCAGCUCAUUUUUUUCCUGCCUUCCCAGCCAGACUGGGCUCUCAACCUCAGUUCCUGAUCCCGGGGCCUUUUAUCAGCUACGAAUCCCUGAGGAAUUAUCUGCAGCCAGAGCUAUGCAAGGAAGCUUUGCUCCUGGCCACACAGGCGGUCGGGAUUGGGCCACUCACAGAGAGCAUAGAUGAACAGAGGCCAGUGAAGCAGCGUCGUGCACGGGCCAACUACAGCAGCUGGCAGCUGGAGGAGCUGGAGAAGGCAUUCGAGACCACCCACUACCCGGACAUCUUCAUGAGGGAAGCCCUGGCCCUCAGACUGGACCUUAUUGAGGCCAGAGUCCAGGUUUGGUUUCAAAACCGCCGUGCAAAAAUGAGGCGGCAACUGAAACUCCAGGGCCAAUGUCCAGGGCCUUAUGUGAAAAGGGACAACGAUGAAACAUCUGCAAAAGCGAGCAAGAGUUUAAAACACACAGAGACUUUGGACGGUGAGCACUGGGAGAAACAACAGGAAGCCGAAGGUUAUCCAUGGACAACCCAGAAGUUGGGGAAGUGGGAGAGGCCGGAGGGGCUGAGCUCAGAGGAGCUCCGCUCCUGCAGCAUUGCUAAGCUGCGGGCCAAAGCCAGAGAGCACGAGGCUGAGAUCCACAGCAAUGUAAGCAUGUCAGGAGGCACCAAACAGUCACAAACACAGGAAACUGAUUCCACGCACAAUGACUGAUCAUUUUCAAUCUUCCUGUUUAUAAAUGAGUUGGAACUUUUGGGGGAAGUGGAACUUAAAUAUUUAGCCGUCAUUAGCUGAAUAUAUGUAUGUCUAUAUAUUCUGUAAGAUUUUAUAUUGAAAAAUAAAUUUUACAUAAUGUCAAAGUUUAAGGUUUUGGCUUUACCGUGAAUUACAACUGACUUUCUUUAUGUUUUCUUGAGCACAUAUACAUAUAUGUAUAUAUAUAUAUAUUUUUUUUUGGGGGGGGGGGUUAAUGAAAAUGAUCAUUUUAUUAGAGAUGAUCAUGUCUUUUUAUAUGCUGAAUACAGUUUUAGAUACACCUCAAAUGUGUGUAGUGGCAUCCACUCCCAAUGAAUGGUACAUGCUCUAUGGUGGGGCCUCAACAUGUAACAAUGACAAAUGAUAAAUGUGGACGUCUUAUUGUGUCAGCCUAUCAGGGCAAAACUGAAAUGGGAUACACUCAAGUAAUCUGUAAAUGAUUUCAGCACGACAACCAUCCCUGACCUCUUGGGUUACCUCCACACACAGGCAGGAUGUCUACAUGCAGCCACACGUCCUCACAGGAAACAACGCAAAUAGCUAAAAAAUGAAAUCAUGAAGACUAA